AUGACGUAGAACACAAUCCAUGUGGUUUCGGCAUGCGCCAUUUCUCACGACUGAGUCGGAUAUAAUAUCGUAGCAGCUGUAUAUUUUCAUCUUCAUGAACUGCUUUAUGAAAACAAUAUUGGAUCAUUUAAAUACAAACAUUAAUAUAUACAAAUAACUAUCGAAAUCUAGAUAAUCAUGGCGGGACGUUUCUUCAGAGGAUCUGACUCAGAGUCGGACAGUUCCAGUGAUAACGAUGAGCAAGCAUUCGCGCCACCGAAAGAUAGGCCUGUUCGGCCUCUUGCUUUCCAGUUGAGUGACGAUGAAGAGGAACAGACUCGAGUCGUACGCAGUGCUAAAGACAAAAGGUAUGAGGAACUGCGAAAGAUCAUUAAAUUAAUAGGAAACCACAAAAAGAUCAAGGAUAUGUCCAAGGUUUUGUCAGGCUUUGAGGACUUGGGUCGUGCCUAUGACAAAGCAAAGAAGGUGGUUGAUAAAGAAGGCGGGACUCCAAGGUUCUAUAUCCGGUCUCUGUCAGAGUUAGAUGAAUUUGUUAAUGAGUGCUGGGAAGAUCGAGAGGGCAGGAAACAGAUGAGUAAGAACAAUGCCAAGGGUCUGACCACACUCCGGCAGAAGCUCCGCAAGUACAACCGUGACUUUGAUGACCAAAUAACUAGCUACAGAGAGCACCCUGAUGAGGGCGAUGAAGAUGACGAAGAAAAAGUUGUUGAGGAGAAGGAAGUGGAUACGGAGGAAGUGGCUCCAGCUCCUGUAGUACCUGAAGCCAGUCCCGUCUAUCAGAAACAGGAGGGUGUUGAUGAUGAAGAUGAUCUACUUAGUGACUGGAGUUCGUCAGAAACAGACUCAUCGUCAUCUGAUGAUGACUUGGAAGUGGGACCAGGAGGUUACACUCUUGCCAUGUUCUUGAAAAAGAAACCUGGUGAAGAAGGCGCAAAGAAAGAAGGAAAGAAGGAGAGAGCGACAAAGAAAGAGUCUCGACCCAAAUGGCAACCUGUGAAGAAACCAGCUUACUCUGCAAUUAAGGAAAAGACUAUUAUGUUUGCUAAAGAAUCUGACAUUACACAUGAAGCUGUCGUUAAAAAGCUGGCAGAAAUCAUUGCUGCCCGAGGAAAGAAGGGAACAGACCGUAGUGAACAGAUUGAGCUGCUAAAGGAACUCAUGGCCAUUGCGGAUGGGAAGAAUCUCGGACCAGCGAUUAGCGUAAAAAUCAUGUUUCACAUCCUGGCAGCUAUAUACGAUUACAACCCUAACAUUGCCACCUGUAUGAGGACGGAGAUGUGGGAAGUGUGUCUUAACUUCAUUAAAAAGUUGUUGGGUGUCCUUGUCGAAAACCGGGACAUCGCCAUUGGUGAUAAUAUUUUGGAGGAGAGCGAAAUCCUUGAUCAAUCACCGUACCGAGUACGAGGCUGUAUUCUCACUCUAGUAGAGAGAUUGGAUGAAGAGUUUACCAAGAUGCUACAAGCCUGCGACGCCCACAGUACAGAAUAUGUAGACAGAUUGAAGGAUGAGUCGAUCAUGUGUGAGAUACUGGAAGAGCUACAGCAGUACCUCGAGUUCCGAUCAGAACCCACCGAACCGUGCCGGGCGACGUCUGCAGAGCUGUGUCGUAUCUACCUUCGCAGGGUGGAGCACACAUACUACAAGUUUGAUCGUACCAUCUUUGAUGAAGCAUUUGAUGGAGUGGAUAAGAGUAAGCUCCUGAUGGCAGAACUCUGUAAAUAUAUUUAUGCCAAGGACAUCACUGAUCGUCUGAGGACGAGAGCCAUGCUGUGUCAAAUCUACCACCAUGCUCUACACGACCGCUGGUACCAGGCCCGCGACCUUAUGCUCAUGUCUCAUCUCCAGGACAACAUCCACCACUCAGAUGUCCCCACACAGAUCCUGUACAACAGAACCAUGGUACAGCUUGGUCUAUGUGCUUUUAGACAAGGAAUGACACGUGACGCCCAUAAUGCUCUUGUCGACAUCCAGAGUGGCGGCCGUGCUAAGGAGCUACUGGCACAGGGGCUGUUAUUACAAAGACAACAUGAGAGAACCCCAGAACAGGAGAAGAUAGAGAAGCGACGUCUACUGCCGUAUCACAUGCACAUCAACCUCGAGCAGUUAGAGUGUGUGUACCUGGUGUCUGCAAUGCUUAUGGAGAUACCCUACAUGGCAGCUCAUGAAAUGGAUGCUCGUCGGCGUAUGAUAAGUAAGAAUUUCCAUCACGUGUUACGAAUGAGUGAGAGGCAGACGCUGACCGGGCCGCCGGAGAGUAUGAGGGAGCAUGUUGUAGCUGCUUCCAAGGCCAUGAAGACUGGUAAUUGGAAAGAGUGCAAGAACUACAUCAUUAACGAGAAGAUGAGCACCAAGGUUUGGGAUCUGUUCUUUAAACCAUUGAAAGUACAGGAGAUGAUCACGACUAAGAUCCAGGAGGAAAGUCUGCGUACCUACCUGUUCACCUACAGCAGUGUGUACGACUCCCUCAGCCUUUUCACACUCGCUAACAUGUUUGAACUUGAUCGCUCUGUUGUUCACUCCAUCAUCAGUAAGAUGAUCCUCAACGAGGAACUCAUGGCAUCCUUGGACGAACCUACACAAACUGUUGUGAUGCACCGUACAGAGCCAACACGUCUCCAGUCCCUCGCCCUCCAACUCUCGGAGAAAGUCUCGUCUCUCGUCGACAACAAUGAGAGGUUUAUGGAUGUCAAGCAGGGAAAUCUUUUCUUCGGCAAACAAACUAACAAAGGUGGUUCUCUAGUUCCUGAUCAAGAUCAGCAGUUCGGCUACCAAAAUAAUAACCAGAACCAAGGAGGCUGGCAGGGGAAGGGUGGUCAGAAACGUUACGAUGGUGGGGGUGAUAACAAAAACUGGCAGAACAAGAAUCGCUACAAUGAUGGAGAUAACAAGGGCUGGCAAAACAAAAACCGGUAUAAUGACAACAGGGGCGGUGAUAACAAGCCCGGGUGGAAACAGUACGGAGGAGGAUACAACAACCAGAACCAAAACAGCUGGGAAGGUCGUCGAAAUCAGCGCCAGAAUAGAUAUUGAAAUGGAGUGUUCAACUGUACAGAUUUCUCGAUCGUAUAAGUGACAUUUGCAAUGCCAAUUUUUUGGUGAAUUAUUCUUCAACAUUUGUAAAAUAAUUCAAGCUAAUUUCAAGGGGACAUUUUUCUUGAGGAUAUUCAUAUUGACAGCUGAAAACUCGUCAAACGUAGCAUCCUUGCCUAUGAUAACGUCAGCUUUGUACAGUAGGGUUGAUAUGUAAAGUUUAUAUGUAGGGGGUUAAAAUAUCUAAUCAAAUUUUGUCAAGAUUGUCUUUGUAAAAUAUCUUUCUAUUUGCUGGAAAAAGAACUUUGAUGUAGUUGUUUUAAGUGCUAGAUUUACUGUAUACCCCCCCGUAAAUGGAAUGGAAUAAAUAUCUGCGUGUAAUAUCAUUCAAUGUUAUUGUAUGAUGUCAAAGAUAUUACCUAUAUGUAUCAACCCUUUUACAUGAGCUGUGGUUGCUGGUAGGCAAAACGCAAAUGCGCAUCUUCAGGUGAAAAUCAUGACAAUUACUUGGGAGAUUUUAAUUUCGAGUCAUUUACAUAUUUUUGUGUAUGCAAUCUAAUGUUAAGUGUCCAUUAGUUAGCAUGAAAGGUUCUAUUGUCUUAAACAAUUGAAAUAAUUAAUUAAUGAAGAUAAACGGCAAUAUGUGCAUGGUUUUCAUCAUAAGAAAUGAAUCGAUGCAUAUGUUGAUAUGAAGUGACAUCUAUUUAUGAAAAUAAAUCAUUACUAUUA